AUGUCCUCAGCAGCGACGAGUGGCGGUGGUGCGCGGCCAGCGGCUGGAGCCGUGCAAGGCCAGCAACAGCCCGCGCGCGCCGACUGGAAGUGGUCGAUUGCACGCGCACUGCUCAUCUACGCCGGAAUCAAUGCGGUGACCAACCCCAACAGCCCCGUCGGCGGAUACAUCGGAAAGCUGCUGGGUCGAGAGUCCACAGCUGCUCCUGCGGCAGCCACUCCUGCCGCGCCCUCCAGCGGCUCGGCCAGCACACCGAGUGUGGCUUCUGCACCUUCCGCAUGGGCGCCAGCUGCGGAGCCGGCCGUCAAGGGGCCUGCGAAUGUGGCCGUGCCCGUGUGGGGCGAUGAUACGGGUGUAGACCUGUACGUCUUCCUGUCGUCGGCGCCUGCUCCUGAUGCGGACAUGCUCAAGACGCAGCAGUCGGAUCUCAUGCCCGAGGGCGGAGUGGCACAUGCACCCGCCGUGCCUCUCAGUGCAUUCGACGAUCUGCUCUACGACCCACUCCGCACCACGCAACCACUCAUCACGUACCCGAAGACGCAGGGCAGCGCGGAGCUGAGUCCCAUCGCGGCAAUCAAGUGGACGGCAAUCUCGCUGACGGAUACGGCGCUGGCGCGGGACGUCGAUGUGACGCUGCAGCUCAACGACCUGGUGCGCAAGCACAACGGAAGCAUCUGGGCCGAUGUACUGCUCACCACCUCGGGCACCAACCUCAUCUCGGCCGCCGAGAGCGACGUGUAUCGCACACGCAAGAUGCUCACGCGUCUGCUGCCCGUGAAGCGCAAACGCACCGAGAAGAAUCUGUUCGACAAGAACGCGACGGUGGUGCAGGGCGACGAGCCGGCCGCGCGCGUAGCUGCGCACUGGCAUCGAAACCUGACGCUGGCGCUCGUACAGGACCGUGGCGAUACGGGCGUGCAGCUGAGCCAGCUCCCGCCGCCACUGCUGCAGCACGUAGCCGUCGUGCGCGAUGCCGACGGCAACAUGGUGCCUGCCCCCGAACCAACCGAGCCUGCGGCAGCAGUGGCGCUGCAGCGCGCAUAUGCAGCCGGACGACCGCUUAACGUGCUGCGCUUCCCCACCGUGUUCGCCAACGACUUUUGGUCGCUCAAGGAGCACAUGUACGCGGUGAACGAGACGCUGACCGAGCUGCCGCUGCACAUCCACGUGUACCAUCCGUCGUGGUUCCGCUUCCAGAUGCUCGCUGCGCUCGGCGACUCGUUCGACAAGCAGGCCGGCGUCACGGGCGGCGAGAUCGACAUGCUCAAGACCAUGCUGCUCGAGACGAAUCCGUGGUUUUUGGCGCUCACGGUCGCAGUGAGCAUCCUGCACAGCCUGUUUGAGUUCCUCGCCUUCUCGUCGGACGUGCGCCACUGGAAGAACAAGGACGACCUGGCGGGCGUGUCGGUGGGCAGCAUCGUGACGAACAUCGUGGUGCAGCUCAUCAUCACGCUGUAUCUGCUCGACAACAACGAAGACACGAGCUGGAUGAUUCUGGCGGGCCAGGCGAUUGGCGUGCUGAUCGAGUGCUGGAAACUCACCAAGGCGGUGACAGUUGCAGUCGAGCGUUCGUCUACCUCGCUGGUGGGCUACCGGCUCAAAAUUUCGGACAAGCAUGUGUUGUCGGACGAAGAACGACGCACGCAGGAGUACGACCGGCUUGCAUUCAAGUACGUCGGCUUCGUGGUUGGACCGCUGCUCGUCUGCUAUACGGCGUACAGUGCCGUGUACCAGACGCACCGUGGAUGGUGGUCGUUCAUCAUCAGUACGGCCACAUCGUUCGUCUACGCGUUUGGAUUCGUCGGAUUGGUGCCGCAGCUGAUCGUCAACUACAAGCUGAAGUCGACGGCGGGCAUGAACAGCCGCACCUUCGUGUACAAGAUCCUGGGCACGUUUGUCGACGACCUGUUUGCCUUCUGCAUCAAGAUGCCCACGCUCCACCGCCUCGCGUGCUUCCGCGACGACGUCGUCUUCUUCAUCGCCCUCUACCAGAGGUGGAUCUACGGCGUCGACCCCACGCGCAGAAACGAGUUCGGCCAGACCCUCGAAAAGACCGACAAGGACGCCAAGGAUGGCAAGGACGACAAGGACGCUAAGGACGACGGCGAGAAGAAGGUGCAAGCAGAGGCGUCUGGCGUCGAGCAGAAGAAGGCUACACUCCGAACCAACGCUGCAAAGCCAGCAAAGGAGGGCAAGCAGCUCUAG